UCAAUCGGUUACAGGGAGAAUCUUUUCGUGAAGAGUAUAUUACUACACCUCAAAUUCAAGUCGCUAAUAUACAAUGGAAUUAUAAUCAAACAAAUGAUGUAAUUAAAGUAGAAAUUUGGGAUGUGGUUGAUAAGGGUAUCAGUCCAACAAAUAUUAAUAAGAGAUCUACAACGUCUAAUUCCAUAUUGAAAAUCGACAAUUCACAAGGUAUCUUGACUAAACCACCAUCAUCCGGUUCUUUGCAUCAGUCACCGGAUCAACUUUCACUUGAUGCUGAAACUAUUGAUGUAUAUCGCAAUACACAUGGCUUGAUAUUAUUGUUUGAUAUGACCAAGAAUUGGACAUUCGAAUAUGCUGUUAAAGAAUUAAGAGCUAUUCCUAAAAAUAUGGCUGUAUUAUUACUGGGUAAUUUUAGCGAUCUUAGUUCGCAACGUGUGAUUUCUCAAUCACAAAUCUAUCAAGCGAUAGCGGACAUCAAUCGUGAACGAAUAUCAGAAUAUCCUUCGGCCAAUAUGGUUCGAGAUAUCCUUCGCCAGCAAUUGGCUGCAAAGACAAAAGAAUUAGCAAAACUUCUUGAUACACUGGACCUUGAUGAUAAUGUUUCUAGUUCAGUUAAAAGUCGACUAAAUGUUCCUAUGGACGUUGUUGGAAUAAAAGAACCAGAUUUAGGAAAGGACCGUUUGGAAGAAGAACAAAUGCAAUUAAAAAAUUUAUGGGAUAAAGAAUUUAAAGAAUUAUCCAAGAAAAAAGAACCAGUUGAAUCAUUAAGCUUACCUCUGGAACAACAAGUGAUACAGCCUUUAUCAGAUACUCUUUUGCAUAAACGUUCAAAGGCAAUUAUUCCUGAUACAACGAUAAUUGAUGAAUUCGAUGCAGGAGAUUUGGAAGAUGACUUUUUUGAUGACACACCCGAUCCGGUUGUGGUAUUACCUCCAGUCGUCCUACCUAAAAAUGAUGAAGUAGAAGAUAUGGAUUCGAAAAAUCCGAUGGUCACUAUCGAUGAAGAAGACCUUAUUGGUGUUGAAGGUUAUGAUGAUGUAGAAGAUGAUAAACCAAAUAAACCAAAUGUCCAUCAAAGUUUCAAUGAUGUUUGGAGACAUCGACAUAAUAGUGUAUCUUUGGCAAACCAAAUAAGCGAUAGCAGUGAUGAUGAUUUAACACAAGCGGCUAAACAUUUAAAUUUGUUGGAUCGGCGACCUUCAACCACAAAAAUUUAUAUUGAUAAAUCUAUGCGAGAAGAUUCGAAUUUGGAAGUUCAUGAUGAUUCAGUGGAUGAACAUGGGUCAUUUACAUAUUCAGGUCAUGGUUUAUCAAUUAACGAUCCAUAUAUAAAAUCUGAACAAAGAGAUUUGCAUCAUGGUUUUGAAGAAUCAUCUUUUGAUAUGGCAGGAUAUUCACCUAUUAGUUUCGGAACUCCUAGUGGAUAUGAAGAGAUUGGUGAAGGACAAGACAAUCCAUGGUUAGAAGGUGACACGUAUCAACCAGAACAUAAAGAUUUAGACGACAACACACCUCCAAUUACCCAAACACAAGCUAUACCUAAAGGAUACGAGUUCUUUAGUACCGCUGCUGAAAGUACACGUGGGUCGACUACAGAAUAUCAUCGUAGUUAG